GUGAUCUGUGGUACAGGUGUAAUUUCCUACCUGAUUUGUGAAUGUAUGUAAGUGUAGUGUAUAUUUUUUUAGUGCUGCACUUCGUAAAGAAAAAAAUCAAUACACACACACACACACAUAGUUAAUGUAAUUUUAGCCUUACGACUGAGUGUAAUUAACCUUCAACACAUGAUCAAAUUAAAAGCUAUGUUUAAUUUUCACCAUUGCUCAUUUUAAGCUUUCUAUAAACCACCUUCUCCGCUCACUAGACAUUUACAAUAGCAGUCUAUUGUAUGCAAACUUCAACGUGCUAAUGGAAUUCGCCAGUAGUUAAGCCAUGUUAAUUUUCAUUAAGCAGUGCUAUAAUAUGUAAUUUUGGAGUGACUGUUUCGAUUCAAAAAUUACAUUUAAAAAUUAAGGAAGCAAGAAAAUGCAUGAUAUCUGAUUGGAACGUUAAUCCUAUAAAAACCCAACAAAGAAAGUCUGCUUUGACAAUUUCUGAUCAUAAUCAUUCGUCUAUAAAACAUCUGAAAAUUACGAGAAAGCUAUUCAAUGCUCAAGAGGAAUUAUUAAUCACAUGUAUAUUGGAUGUAUCUGGAGAACAGCAUUUAGAAGCAUGGAUAGUAGUCUCAGAAGUACCAAACUACAUUACUUCAAUAUUGAAUGCGAAGGUUGGGGUUGUUUCUGUUUCACCAAAUCAUGAAUUCUCUGGACAGUUUUUGCUAAACAAAGUUCAGUAAACUCUUCUGUGAUGUCUCCAGAGCAUCUUUAAUUUUUUCUGUGAAUGGUCUUCUGGAAAGUGCAAAGUCUGCAAAAGAGCUCACAGCUCAGCAGCAAUAAAGCUGGCUAGAAGAAGAAGAAGAAGAAGUGAUCUAGACUCUAAUACUCAAUAGCAACAGCUAAAUAUUAAUAAAAAAAAAUGACUAGCAAAUCAAGUUUUGGUUAUGAGCAAACAUUGCUUUAUGGAAAGUAUACACAAGAGCUGAGCUCUUUUGCUAAGUUCCAAGCAGCUCAUGGCCUUCAAUUACAACAAGCCGCCAAAGAAGAAGAAAGAGAAGUCAAACCUAAAAAGCUACGCUUCCAAUGCAUGAGGAAAUAUUUUAAGAGAGUAACAGAUGUUAUAGAUAUUAUAUUUCUCAAGAUUGGUGAAGACUGGAUCUUUCUAGCUAUACUUGGAAUUUUAAAUGCUUGGUUGAGCUUUGCCAUGGAUACUGUGAUAGAAAAGUGUCAAGAAGCUAAAUUCUGGUUGUAUGAUGAGCUACAGUUUUCUGUUGGUUUACAAUAUGUUGCCUGGGUGUCCUACUCCAUGUUGUUUAUUCUAUUUGCUGUUGGAUUCACACAUUUAGUAUCUCCACAGGCUAUAGGCUCUGGUAUACCAGAGAUGAAGACAAUACUCAGAGGAGUUGUUCUCAAAGAGUAUUUGACUUUCAGAACUCUUAUAGCAAAAGUUGUAGGACUUUGUUCUUCUUUAGGAAGCACUUUGCCGUUUGGAAAAGAGGGCCCAUUUGUGCAUAUAGCAAGCAUUGUGGCUACACUUCUUAGCAAAGCUAUCACCUCUUUCAGAGGCAUUUAUGAGAAUGAAUCUCGAAGGACAGAAAUGUUGGCUGCUGCAUGUGCUGUAGGAGUGGCUGGAACAUUUGCUACACCUAUUGGGGGUGUACUAUUCAGUCUUGAGGUCACAGCCACAUACUUUGCUGUGAGAAACUACUGGAGAGGUUUCUUCUCUGCUGUCUGUGGAGCUCUUAUGUUUAAAUUGUUAGCAUACUGGUUUAAAAGUGAAGAAAAAUUCAAUGCAUUAUUCAAGACUUCUCUAAGAUCAGAAUUUCCUUUUGAUGCUCUAGAAUUGUUUGCUUUUGCAUUUCUAGGAGUAGCUUGCGGUCUUGGUGGAGCUCUCUUUAUUCUUGGUCACAGAAGUGUUAUUUUGUUUACUAGACGUCGCAAAAAACUAUCCAGAUUUUUACAGAAAAAUCGUUUUAUUUACCCAAGUGUUAUAACAUUUGUGAUAGCAUCUAUGACAUUCCCACCUGGACUUGGCCAGUUUUUUGCUGGCAAGCUGACUGGCAAAAUGGCCAUCAAUAAUUUGUUCAGCAACAUUACCUGGGCUGAGGGCCAAGCUGACAAUAUCAAUGAUGAGAUUAUACUGAACACAUGGAACCAUCCUCUGACUAAUGUUUAUGUGACACUUGUCUUACACAUCAUAUUGAAUUUUCUAAUGACCAUUAUAUCCAAUACAUUGCCCAUACCUGCUGGAGUCUUUGUUCCUGUGUUCACUAUAGGGGCAGCCUUUGGUAGGCUUGUUGGAGAAAGUAUGGCAGCUUGGUUUCCUGAUGGAAUAGAGUCUGGGGGCAUGAUGAGAAAAAUAGUUCCAGGCGGUUACGCAGUUGUUGGUGCUGCCAGUCUGUCAGGCAGUGUGACGAGGACUAUCUCUACAGCAGUAAUUGUUUUUGAAGUUACUGGUCAAAUAAACCACAUUUUGCCUGCUGUGAUCUCAGUGCUUAUAGCUAAUGCUGUUGCCAACAUGUUCCAGCCUUCAUUCUAUGACAGUAUUAUCAAAUUAAAAAAGUUGCCUUAUCUGCCUGACAUCAUUUCUGCUAAGUCCAAUGCUUGGUUACUGUAUGUUGAAGAUUUUAUGGUGAGGGAUGUCAAAUUUGUUGCCUUUGAUGACACCUACAAUGACCUUCAACAGUUGGUCCUGGGAUCAAAGCAUCGUUCAUACCCAUUGGUAGACUCAAAAGAUUCUAUGAUAUUACUUGGAUCAAUACAAAGAUUUGAAUUAGAGAGAAUGCUUCUUAUUAAACUCAGCCAAGACCAGCAGAUAUUAUGGAGCAUGGACCACCGUGUCCCUCAGACCCAGCUUAGUCUACCCAUACCCACAGUAACUGUCACCAAUGCAGAAGGUGACAACACUGGCGCAGAGAGUGAGCCAGUUACAACUAAAAGGUUCCAGGUGACUAAAGUCACAGAGAACAAUGGUGUGAGUGGUGGAGCAAAGGGAGACCAGCGAGUAGGCCAAAACAUUCCCAUGCAAGUACUUGCUCCCUCAAAAGAUUAUCAUGGGACAAAAGACAGCCAGAACAACUACCACACGGUGCAUGCUCCUCUCAGGUCUAUACUCAAGAAAUCAGCUUCAGGUGCUUCUCUAACCCGAGCUCAUAGCGCUGAGGAUCUCAGAGCCGAAAUGACCAACUUUUAUCGCAAGCUACAAAAACAAAGAAAGGAAAGUAUAUUAGAAGACAGGCCUUUUACUAUAGAUAAAGGCAGUUUUCAAAAUUUAUUUAAGAAAGUCAAAAUGAGUUCUGAGCCUAAACCAACUAAGAUUAAAAAUUUACCAAUUGAAGAUCAACUAGCUUGGGAGCAGGAACAACUUCAACAGCCUAUCGAAUGGGAAGGUGUACAGAUAGACCCUGCCCCUUUCCAACUGGUGGAAAGAACAUCAUUACACAAAGUCCAUUCACUUUUCUCAUUGUUGGGUUUAAGUCAUGCCUUUGUUACCAACACUGGUAAACUAGUUGGAGUAGUAGGACUGAAGGAGCUUCGAGUAGCCAUACAAGGACAGAUUGAGCUGCAGGCUAAUGGCAAGCGGAGGGUGAGCAACCCCAGAGAAGAGGCAGAGCAGGCCAUGAGUCAGGAGGAAGAGGCUGCCCCAAUCGAUGAUGCCCACCUUGAGGUACUUGAAGAGCCUCCCAAAGCCAUGUAUAGACUUCACAGUGUUAAAAAUAAAGAUGCGGAGGUGUAGAGGAAUGCUUGCAACUGUUUGUUAAUGUCACGUUUUGAAAUGCAUUUAUGUACAUAGGCCAUUUGCCCAUUAUACAGGCCCAUUGACCUUUAUACUCUUGUACGGAAUCUUUUAAAAUUACUGUGGGUCUCUGUCAUGUCCACAGGAGAAGAAAUGACGAGGAACUUGGAAAUGAAUGACAGGUGAACCACACAUUUGUAUAGUCUCUGCCUUAACUUAUUUUAAAAAAAUAUUAUUUACUAAAAAAAAUUUUAAUGUUAACAACAAAUGUUUGAAUGUUAUAUUUCUAUCACUUAAUGGAAAAAUAUUUCCUGAUUUUGUAAUUGUAAGCUAAAAAGUUCUUUAAUUAUUAUUUUUAUGUUCUUUCUUUUUUUUUUUUUUGUUGUUGUUUUUAAUCAUUAACAAAUACUGUUAGUAUGUAUAUGCAUGUUAAAUGUUUGUAUGCUUCUCAGUGGAAAGAAUUAAUAUUUUGAAGUAGUCUUUUUAUCAAACCACUGUUGAAAACUUAAUUAUUCUUUAAUAAUUUAAUUUUUACUUUUUAAAAAAAUAUUUUAUUGUUGGGGUAGGGUAAGAGGUAAGGACUUGCAAUUUUUAUUGAAUUAGCUUCUUUGAGUAAAUCCUGUAUUUUGCUUGAUGUAGAUAUGGUUUAGUAAACAGUUAUUUGACUCGCUGAUCAGUGGUACUUAUUUUAGGGCUCAUUUUUAAAUGAAACUAUUGGGAUGAAUAUUUUACAUUUAAUUUCAUAGGUAUGUUUUCUUUUAUUUCUUCUUUUUUAUAGUAAAUUAAGAGGGAAGACCAUUAAUUAUGGCAUUACUGAAAAUGUUUAAAAGUAAUACUAGCCUGUCAUUUUUAUAAAAUAUUUAUUACAAACCUUUUUUUUUAAAGUUUUGUUUGUAUGUGACUAAAUCCUAGAAAAUUUUUAUUUCUAUAAAAUAUCAAUAUAUUGUGGUUUCUAUAGUUGUAACUAAGUUAUACCUGAAGCUAGCCUACUGAUUUAAAAUCCUAAUAUUACCUAUAGUCGCAAUUGUGAUUUACACCAAGUGCCUUACUGGUUGUUGUUUUUUUACCAAGUCUUGAAUUGCUUUAAAAUUUUUUGUUAUCCCAAGGUGAAAGUUGCAUCAAAUGAUACAUGCACAAUACCACAUUUAAUAACUUUAAAAAAAACAUCUUUUGAGGAUCUAAAUAUUUUAAUUGUGAAUUUUUUUUUUGUUUACUAACUUAAACAUAUAAGGAUGUAAAUUAAAAUUGCUAAUAAGAUAGUCAGUAUUAACUGUGGGGUUCGCUAUUUAUUUUGCUUUUAACUUCAUGCUUUUGAUAGUUAAAAAUAUCCUUUUUGUGAAUUGAAGAAAUUUCUAGGACCUACUAUGAGAUAAAGUGUUAUUUUAUGUUUUGAAAUUUAGAUAUUUUACUUGUUUAAAAUUACUGCUUUAAAACCUGAACUUUUUCACUAUAAAGUGCCUUAAUUUCAAUUUGCUUUUAUUUUUUACUAAAUUUUUUCUAUUUACUUUAUCCCACACAUCUGAAUACCGAGAAUGUAAUUCCUAUUAUACUUUUUAUUUCUUGUAUGAUAUACACAGUAUUUAAGUAUAGAGAUAUCACUGUUCAACAAUGUUUUUUUUUACCUUUACCUAUCCCUUAGUCUGUUAGACCGUUCAGGCAUCAAGCAAGAUUCGUCAACAUCUUUCUCCAUUCCUCUCUGUACAAAGCAUUGAAUAGAACUGUUGAUGGUUUAAGAAAUGUGAAGGACAAAGUAAAGGUCUAAGAAAUCAAUGCUGUCCUACGUUUUUGAAACUUCAGAAAUGUUCUUCUCUUGAAACUUUGAAUACCCAUGAAAUUUUGUUGUUGUUAUUGUUGUUUGUUGGCUUUGUGCAUCAAAUGUUGCAAACUAUGCAUGUUCUACUAGGUCUGUGAAGUCAUGUGAAAUACUGCACUUAUGCUUAAUCUUUGAACUUAUUCCUUAUGUUGGCAGAUAACCAGCAAAUAUGGAACAGAUGAAACAUAUACAUAUAAAUGUACAUAUAAAUGUGGUUAUAUUAUUGUCAUUGUCUCAGACAACUUGUGCUGGCUAUUUUGCUAUUUUCAGUCUUCCAUCAUCCAUUUGUGUUUUUAUUUAUACAGUUUAGUCUUUAGUUUUUCAUUUCAUGAUAUUUUCUAAAAUACUUAAACAUUGUUAAUUUAUAAUAACCUUUGCUAACCAGUCACAAAUUGAUCAACUCAAAAUAUAGCACAAAGUAAAUUAGCUCUGUAACUAAAAGCAAUAAAUUGAGCUUAACAUGUUCUAAAUUUUAUGAAGGAAUUUCAAAUGGGUGAAUUUAUAUAUGUGAAUUUAUAUAUAUUCAUAUAUUCCUUAUCAGACCAUUUGUUAAUCUGACUAGACACUUAUGUGGACAUAUAUUUAAACUAUCUUGUAACACAGGUCAUGUUCUUCUAAGCCAGAUAAUAUUUAAACUAUCUUGUAACACAGGUCAUGUUCUUCUAAGCCAGAUAAGGGAAGUGAUCCCAAAUGAUCUAAUUAUCUGAAAUGGACAAUUUCAUAUAUCUCGCAUGACCCACCAGCUUUGCCUGUUGAUGUGUUCCCAGGCUAUUUAUUGUUGACUUUGCCAAGGACCCCUCCUGUUUUUUUUUCAAUCAAUCAUCCUAACAUAGUUCAUGAAUUAGUGUGUAUCUGUUACAGUUAAAUUUCAUGGCUGCUCUCUUUUUCCUUCUCUCUCUCUCUCUUGUUUGCUUUUGACUUGAUUUGGAAAGACUUGCUUCAUAAUGCACUAAUGCAUUAUAUCACUUUUACUUAUUUCCCCCCCCCCCCAAUCCUGCCAACAACAAAAAAGUUAGUCCUCUGACUUUUCUUCGGCUUCUCCAUUCAAACUAUAUUUUAUUUAUACCAUGACAUCCCAUACACACACAGUGACACUCACACAGACAACUACUUUCACACUGUUUGGCCCAUGCUUAUUACUAUGACAACGUUUUAAGCAUCCACUAUUCAAAUGCAUUUUCUGAAGGCCCAAAUUGAUUGCUACAUAUCCGUUCCCAACUCUUCAAUUUUUUUGGUAUUGAGUUCUCCAAUUGAAAAGAAAUAUCAAUUUGGUUUUAUUGUUUUGUGUUUUCUUUAUACCCCUUUUGAAUGUAGCAAAAUGACAAUAGAUCUAGACUUAUCUUUUUUUAUGCUAUUAGGAUUAGUUUUUUUUUUAUUUCAUUAAGUCAAGGUCUAAAGCAGCGGUUCUCAACCUUUUAAGCUCGGCGACCCCUUUUACAAUCCCCCACUCUGAUGCGACCCCCCUCCACACACACACACAUACAGCAAUAGAAGAAUGCACAAUAUCAAUCCAUAUUUUCGAUGGUCUUAGACGACAUCUGGCAAAUUGUCAAUCAACCCCCAAAGGGGUCGCGACCCACAGGUUGAGAACCCCUGAUCUAAAGGGAAGCGGAAUUGACAUAAGGCAAGUUUUAAAAAUUUACUUAGGGCAAAAGGAAUAAUAUACAGGAAGUUCUAUUUUUGGACUAUCUUUUUAAAUGCUUUAUAAAUAGAUUGUGGCCUUUUGGGGGAAUACUGUAAAUAAAAUUAAAAAGUUUGAAAGAAAGCUUGCGGUUUUUCGUGAAUAGCAGUCGUCAAGUAGUGAAUCCGUCUAAUCCUGUUCUUAGUAAGCAUCUAGAAGGUAAAAGGAACCUGUGUAUAAAAUUCCAUGCGGAUAUGUCUGACAGUUAAAAGAGAUUUUAUGAUCAAUCAUUGAGUCAGUGGUAUUUUACAAAUAUUUGUGUCCUAACAUCAGCUGAGUUACUUUCACUUUGAUUUAUUGUAUUUUUGAUAAUGUAUUUACUUAAUUAUUAUAUCUUCCUAUCUACUCAAAUACUAAAACUUCUUCUUAAUUUACCAGAAUUACUCCUGAAAAUGUGAAAGCGUAUACUGUCCAUCUCUUAAGCUAAAAGUGAUAUAUUAUUUUUUGAUUGAUCUAAGAGGUGGCUGGUUCACUUUACUCUUACCUUUAUUUUUUAAAUCUUUUUUAAAAAUAUAUUUUUAAAUAUUUUUCUGCUUAGAUUGUCCGACCUGUUUACUGGUUGUUGAGCUCUGAGCCCUACUUACACUUUUUUAGUCUCAUUUUCUGUUUUCUAAAAGAGAAAAAAAUGUUUUUGUUAAACUUUUGUGAUCCUCGCACAUGUUACAUUCUGCCACCCGUCAAUGUUUUAUUUAUUUUCUUGGAUGUUUUUACUUUAUUUUAUUGUUUAUUAGGAGGCCCUCUUUGUAUGCAUCAUACCAAUACUUGUGCUGUAAAUAAAAAAAUUGAUUUUCAACAGAACUAUUUAUUCUACCAGUAUUUGGCUUGUUAUGAGUGUUAGUUUAGUAUAAUUGAAAGGUUCAACAAAAAAAAAUGUUUAUGCAACUUGUACACUUGUUGCUAAUUGUUUAGACUUUGAUGUCAUAUUUCCAAAAUAUUAUUGCUUUAUUUUAUUUCUUUAGCAAGUCAUAUACUUCAUAAAUAUCUGUUGCAAUGUUUUCAAGUUUUUUGUUUUCUUAUUUUUUACAUAAGCUUUUACAUAAUCUUGAAACAUGUUAAACAUGCAGCAGAAAAGAAUGUGUCGAAUAAUUUAUUUUUAUAGUCAUAUAUUUAUAAUUACAUUACUUGUCACAAUGAAACAUACAGUAUUAAAAUCUUAUGUUUGUCACAUUGUUGUUUGAAUGGCUAGGCUAGUUGAAUAAUCUUGGGAAUGCAAUAAUUAUGGUCAUACUUAUUCAGCUUUUUUGAUAGCGUGUCAUCCUUGCUGAGGCCAUCUUGCAGGAGGCUAGGAUCCUUUGUCAUCACCUAAGCAUAGAACUGUCCUUGGCAUCUAAAGUUUUGAGAUAAAAAGAAAAAUAAUGUUAAGUUUUAAUUUAAUGCUGUCCAAUAAAUUCCUGUCAGUUGUCAAAGCAACUGGAUCAGUGUUGGACCAAUAUAUGUUUAAAAGCGUGUCUUUGUUUUUUUGUAUGCUAUAAAAAGACAGUUGGAGAGCUCUCCUGAAGGCGUGGGACACACAUUUGAAGCCCAAAGAAAAUCCCUUGUAGAAGACAGGCACAGAAGAUGUAAAGAAAACUAAAAAAAGACACCCCCUCCCUCCUCCCCCCGAGAAAAAUGGUUUAGUCUGCAUCAGAUGUGAAAAAAUAUGCAGGUCGCAACUGGGUUUAUAGGCCAUGUGAAACAUUGCACUUCUUCUUGAUCUUCAGAAUCGAAGAUAUUGCCAUUAUUAUUAUUAUUGCUGUUAUUAUUAUUAUGUUAGAAACAAAUGAGUAUUCAUUCUCUGGUGCUGCCAGGGUCGAGUUUAAUUAGAUAGAAACAAAGUUCAUUUAGUCCCUUUAUCAGUGUCCACUGAAGAAUUUUCUAGUGAUGUGGCAGGUCUGCAGCAGUACUGCCCUUAUUAUUAUUAUGCUAUAAAGAAUCCUAAACUUAAACCAAAUCUAUAUUUGCUUAACUCUCUAAUAAUGGCAAAAUAAAACAUGUUAAGAAUUUAUGAAAUCUGUAGAUUUGUUUAAAUUACCUCAUAGAAUUCUGUCCCAUUGGUAUUGAUUGCUGAGAGUAAAAGAGAAGCACAGCUAGCACUUUUUAGAGAUUGAAUUGGUUUGGUCAACUGAUACUAUGAUAGAUAUUAUUUCUCAAAUGUUAGGUCUAGACUUGGUAACUGAAAAUCGAUGCAAGCCUGUUUUAAUGGAAUUACAUUUAGACUUAUAUGUGUAGUUGUUUUUUUUCUGUAAAAUGAAAUUAAAAUUACAUUUAACUUACUGGUAUAUGAAUGUAUAGUGUUAAAUAAAAGUUAACAAUUCAUUGUAUUAUUAUUUCUUAAAAAUAUCUAUCUUCAUUAAAUCAUUUGAAACAACUUUUAAUACAAUGAUCUGAAUGUUAUAUUGUGAUUUGGUAACUUGUAUACUUUUUAUUGUCAAUGUUCUUGUCAUUACUUCAGUUUAUCUUCCAGCCAUUUUGUAUCUAGUCCUGAUGUCACUUGUACACAUUGUCUUGGCCAUAUUGGUGACCCCAACUAUAUAACUAUGAUAUUGUGUCAUAUGAUUCAUUGUCUUGGACCAUGUCUUCUCCUUGCCUAUAUGUUUGUCUGUGUAACAAUGGUGGUUUACAUUAAGUGUUACACUCAUAGUGGCUACGUUACUUUGGUGCUUUCUUAUUUCUACUGGAUCAUUCCAUUGCUUGAAAAAGACCAAGUAAUCUGUUUGUAAUGUAAAGAAGAUUUGUGCUGUAGUUCUAUUACUAAUGUAAGAUACCCCAUGUACCUGCCUAUUGAGUUUCCUAUUCAUCUCAUAAAACCCUCACCUGAUUUAUCUUGAAUAUCUUUGUUUUUUUUUUAUUUCCUCUUCUGACUGUCAACUUUGUAUUAAACUGAGACCUUUGUUUCAUAUUAGACUGACUCACACUUUGUAUCAUAUUAGAUUGAUAACUCUUUAAUAGUACACUGACAAUUAUGUGUUGAUAUUAAACUGAUUAUUUUAGUAUAAUACUGAACUAUGAUACAUGAGGUUUGUGGUGAAAUACUUUCCUUAGUUACUUUUGGUAGAUAGUAAGUGUAGUUUCUAAUAUAAUAUUUUUUGGUGUUUUUUUUUUAUUGUUUUGUUUGAAUCAUGGGCUACAAUGCUAAGUUGAGAAGUUGACCAUCUAUGUAUAUUAUUUGUUGAUUAUGUGAUACAAAUUUAUAAUACAAACUAUGCAAAAGUAA